AUAAAAAUGUUUAUAAAAAAAAUGUAACAAAAAUUUAUAUUAAAUGGAUAAUUUAUGCCGAUAAAUAUUAACGCUCAUAAUGUACGUGAGCUAAAACGCUUAUGUACUUUUGAAGUUGUACUCAAAACUCCCAAUGGGUCUGACAAGCAGUAGGGAAAUGCUAGCACGUCGCAAAAUCGACGAAGCUACAAGUAAUUCCAGCUUGUCUAACCUACGCUACAUAAUACCCACAGAUAAAUCAAAAUGGAAAAUAUUCAGGAAGAAGGAACUCUCUCCGAUACCUCUUUACCCAGCUUCGCUGAAGCCUGUGAAGGGCUGCCCGUGCGGGAACGACGGGCCAUGUAAACAAAAAAUCACCCCCAAGGGAGUGACAAUACAUUAUCCACAAAAAAAAAAGAAAUUUACAUUCGGCGGAAGCAAACGACUCUUACCGCCGGCAAGAGAUAUACCGUUUGCCAAUAGGAACAAGGUCAAAGUGAUCCGACAGAGGAAGUUUCCUUGGUGAUAAAAUCUGUGAAACACAGUCGUGAAAGUUUCUCACCUGGAGAUUAGACAAGAUCUAGUGGAGUAUACUUCACUUUGUAACUUCGCAUCCCUGUGAUUAUAGGGGUGGAAGUUUAAACUUUGGGA